UCAACAAUCGAGCUAGACCGUCGACCAUAUUGCCCAUCCACCACCGCGCCUCGCUCGCGCCCCGACCAACACACCCGCCGGACUGUCUGCUCACCAUCACCGCUCGCUUCACCCGUGCCUGCAGCCUCUCCACACCCAGCGACCUGCGCGACGAGCGCCCGAGGAUCCCCAGCCAGCUGAAAUCGUCUGCACCAACACGCAUUCCGCAAUCUAUGUCGAGGAUACACGCAGCCAAAGCAAAACAAUAACACAAAUCCUUCCCGGCUGGUCUCAGAACAAAUAAGGUAAACAUAAAGUGUUAUACGACUGCACAGCCCAAUGUCGGCGCGCAAUAGCCAGCGACCCGAGUCGCGGGCCUCAACGACGAGCGCGACAUCACAACGACACGACUCACAUCCGCCCUCGGUGCACGAUGCGAAAGCGACGUACAUGGCUCAAGGGCCCGAAGCCGCCCUGCUUCAAUAUCAAGCAAGCAUGGUGCCCCAGCAAAUCGCACAAUACGAGCCAGUACAACAUACGCAGCAGAGUCACCUCGGCCAUCACGUCGCGCAAAAUGUGCAAUAUGCCAUGCCGCAGGGCUACGGAGCACACGACUCUCCAUACCUGCCCCAGGAUCUGUCAUACACGGGGCAUGUGAGAGUAGGGUCGGUGCCCAUCAACUCUGGGCUGGACGUGCACGAUGACAAGAGGCGGAAGGGCUCUGCUGUGACUGCGACGAACGACAAGGAAUUGCGAGAAAUGCUUGCGAAGAAUGAAGGACGUCCGCUGCGGGAGGUUGCUGUCGAGGUUAUCCAGAAGGAGCGAACACCCAUGGCUGAGAAGACGAAGCAGCUUUUUGCCAUGCUGUGGCUCCGCACAGUCUGUAAACCAGCAAAAACCUCUGUCCCCCGAAACCGCGUCUACUCACAAUACGCAACGCGUUGCGGCACCGAGCGGGUUGUCCCUCUCAAUCCUGCAUCUUUUGGUAAACUGGUACGCGUCAUCUUUCCCGGCAUUCAGACGAGACGGCUGGGUGUUAGAGGCGAGAGUAAAUACCACUACGUCGACCUGGCCCUCGAGGAUGAGCAGGCGAACAUGCCACCAGCAUGGCAAGGCGCUAUCCAGCAAUCCGGUAACCGUCAACGAUCGCAGUCUGUAAGCACCCAACAGAUCGACUUCAACAACAUUCCUCGGUUGCAAGCCGACACUGCGGCAUUCCCACCCUCGGACGGCAACUUCGAUAUUCAAGCUACGCAACCUGCUGCGCCUCGCGGUCCGGCAUCGAAAGGUCAAUCCUUCCUAUAUCCUGAAGCCCGUGGGCUGGAGCCAGGCACUGCGACGGCUCUUUCGUAUACACAUACGCUGCGCUUUCCACCCAGCAAUAUGCCGACGUUCACGGAGAACGAGCCCGUCAUCCUGCCUUCAAUACACCCCUACUUGCCACCGAGAACAGAUGUCGACACUGCAGAGGCUCUGGUCGCACUCUAUCGAACACACUGCACAUCCCUCAUCGACAGUAUACGAUUCUGCAAGGAGAAGCAGUUCUUUCGAUUGUACACCUCCUUCCACGGCACGCUGACUGUGCCUGUACAAAAGCUGUUCACGCACCCAAACCUUGCGCCUUGGAUAGAACAAUGCGACCUGGUCAUGUACAGAACCAUGGUCCGCUUCGUCGCGAGACUCACCUUGCAGGCGGCGCCUGUGGUUGUCAUCAAUAUUUUGAACAACAUCUCAUCGUCGCUGCACUCUCAUAUCGCCAAGACAUUUGGCAACCAGCCAGCUCAUGUCUUGGAUGCGAAACUUAAACCGGCCACCAUCUUCGCUGGACUGUUAUAUCGCCUUAUCAGGGUGAACCAGUCAGCACAUGCGGCCGCAAAUCUUCUGACCAUCGACCAGAAUCGGGAGCAGAUGUGGCAGGAAUGGAGCACUAUGGUCAACGUGAAGCGCGUUAUGGAAGCUGAGCUUCCUGACUGUGGGUAUGAAGAGACGUACAAAAUCUUGACUACGGAAAUGCGCAGCUUACUCGAGCCGCUACCUGCUACCGGUUUCCAGGAUGAUGCAUCCUUCUACAGCUUCGACGGCGGUGAGAACGGGUUCGCGCAGUUCCUGCAGAGCCAGACAGGUCCCACCUCACGCAACGGGCCAAUGCAGAUCUCCGCAGAGAACGUGCUUGACCGCUGGUCGACCUUUGUGUCGUCACUUCCCACGCGCUUUCCUCAGGCGCCGGCACGAACGGUCCUGCAUUGCAUAUCAGCAAUCGGAACGGCAGCCAUCCGCGACAUCACCAUUGUCGGUGGAGCUUCAUACAGCCACUGGUGGGUGUUGAAGAUGUUCGUGGACGAGAUGGCGCUGUGGAACGCAGAAAUGGGCGGCUUUCUUGAAAGCAACGGAAGCCACACGCCCAUGAAUGGCAACAACAACAUGAACCAAUCGCCGGUACUGGAUAACGGUCUUGGACGGAGCCACAGCGGGAGUCGCAUGAGCAGCAUGGGACCCGGGCAAGGCAACGCGAACGGACACGACAACAGCGCGCAGCAGUCAAUGUUUAUGCCUGACCAGCAGCAACAGCACUUUGCGCCACAGCAACACUCCUCGCACGCGCACAGCCUCUCCUUUCAACAAGGCAAGCUGCAACAGCAACAAGCGCAAGAGGCGGAUCUUGAUGAUAGCGGGAUCGGGAUGUUGACGGACGAAGAACUUACCAAGUUCGCAAUGAACGGACAUGGAAUGGACGAUAUGGCAGCAGUCGCAGCCAUGUGAAGAAACGGAGCCUGAUAACAAUGGCUAUGACGAUUUUACGCAGCAAGAGGUGUUCCACGGGAGUCGGUACAACGGGACCAUGAUUGCGUGCACGCGCAUCCGAAGCGAUGCCAUGGUUUUGGGUUUUCGUCGUCAUGGGGGUUUGGGUUUUUGAACAUAUUUCUUAUUGCUCGUCUCGCGCGGUGUUUAGUACCUCUAAUAGCGCGGGCGGCGGGUGAUGAGUGCAGGCACGGGUCGAAUGGAGAUCCUCGGCCUCGCUGUGGGAGGAGGCAAGACUUGUCUUCCCUGUGAUGGAUAUUGGACAGCAUUGAGUGACGGCGGACGGAGGGUAAGUUUUGUUUUUGGGUGUUCGUUGAUACCACGAUUGCUUUGCUGCGACU